AUGAAAAAUCAAACUGUGGUAACAGAAUUUAUACUCCUGGGACUUUCCGAGGAUCCUCAAGUUCAGAUCUUUCUCUUCUUUGUGUUUCUAAUUAUAUAUGCUACCACAUUACUUGGAAACUCUGUCAUUAUAUUGAUAAUUAGGGCUGAACCUGGUCUUCACACCCCCAUGUUCUUUUUCCUCAGUCAGCUGGCCUUUGUUGAUAUUUGCUUCUCAUCCAUCACUGUCCCAAAAUUGCUAGCAAACUUUAUACAGCAAAAGAAAACCAUUUCCCCAGUGGGAUGCAUCACACAGAUCUUCUUCUUUUUCCUGUUUGGUUGUACAGAAAAUGUUCUUCUUUCUGUAAUGGCAUAUGACCGGUAUAUUGCUAUAUGCAAUCCACUUCAUUAUUCAAUAAACAUGAGAAAACAAGUAUUCACACAGCUAGUGGCUGGAGCCUGGGCAAUAAGUUUUUUGGAUGCAUUGAUAAACACUGUGCCUUUAAAGGAUCUGACCUUCUGCAGGCACAAUAUAAUUAGACACUAUACCUGUGAACUUCCAUCAGUUCUGCGCUUAUCCUGCAGUGAACCAUUCACCAAUUAUAUGAUAAUACUUAUCUCUGGUUCUUUCUUUGGUUUUGCACCCCUGCUCCUAAUUCUGGUGUCUUACACUUAUAUAAUUGGAACCAUCUUGAACAUUCGCUCUGCAGAAGGGAGGAGCAAAGCCUUCUCUACCUGUAGCUCACACCUGAUUGUAGUUUGUCUACUGUAUUUUUCAGGGCUUUUUGAAUAUCUGAAGUCAGGUUCCAAGUCUUUUACAGAGCUGGACAGCAUAUUCUCCAUCCAGUAUCUUAUUUUGACUCCCAUGUUAAAUCCUAUCAUAUACAGCCUAAAAAAUCAAGAAAUCAAAGCUAUUAUUUGGAAAAGGUUCAAUAAGUUUAGGUAA